GUCUGCCAACUGCUCCGGGGCGUUUGACUCGACAUUGUCUCUGCAGCUCUAUCUCCGAUCACUCGUGCCCACCGCACCGCGUCGGUUUCCCAGUCAUAUUGCACUCAUCAGGCAGUACGGGUCCCGUACUGGCGGAGUGCAGUGGCGGUGAGGCGUGGACUGCCACACCCGGCGGCUCUUCGUCUCAAUUUGGACUACAAAGGACGACGCUCGCAUGUCUCCGUCGCGACAAUACACCAGCCCAACCGUACGCCCCUUCAAGAGCAAGGGCUGCAGCAAGCCGGGAUGCCUUCACUCCCGUCUCUCUUCCACAUGCGACGCAAGUCCGAUGCCCCGCCCAGCACACGGCCCUCUGUGGAGAGCCCAGAUGAAAUCGCCAGGAAGCUGGGCUUGAUGAGUAUCAGGUCGCAGUCACGGCCGCCAACAGCACAAGAUGACGACUUCGUUGGUGGCUUCCACCCCGCCGUUGGUGGCAAUGCGCCGUACGGUAGUCCCGGGCGACCAGUUCCCCCACCCUUCCCCACACCACACCCUGGUCCACCGCCUAUACCACCCAGGAUACCGGCUAUGGUGGUCACGCCGCCUGCAAAAGAACAGGGGAUGUCCAGGACCAUGGAGAUGGCGUUGUCCCCUCCUGACUUCGGUGUGCCCGGACCCUCGAGACGCGGUGCGGGUCUGCAGCGGCCCCCAUUGGACGCGUCUCCGCGGCCGCGCUCUGAUCCUGUGGCAUCCCCGCGCACCCAAGCUGAAGGGUCACGUUCAGUUGCCGUUCUCCCACUUCUCCUCGACGCCAAUGACGAGCCAUCCCUCUCAGCUCCUCCGAAAUCAUCGAAGUCGCAACGGCCAUCCCUGACUGUGCAGCCCUCCAUCUCGCACCCUCCAGGGCGCUCGUUGUCUUCACCCGCGGCGACGACAUCGUCUUCGUCAGAUCUCCCGGAAAACGUAAUAUGCAGCGGGUUCACGAAGUCGAAACCUGGCGAACGAUGUACGCGUCGGACAAAAAGAUCGCCUCGCCUUGGCAAUCCGUUGUGGUAUUGCUUCCAGCACUUGCCAGAGGUGAACAAGCUUGAGAAGUUUCGGGCGCAAGAUGGAACCCUCGUUCCCUACAAAACUUUCAUUCCAGAGUACCUGAGCCCCAUGGCACGGGCGAACUUGCGACAUCAUAUGGAGACAAGAAUCAGCAAGGCGGAUGGUCUGGGAUAUAUCUACGUAAACCAGCUUGAACACAAGCACAAAUCACAUCCAGGCGUGCUGUUGUUCAAAGCGGGACGCACUGUCAAUCCGAAGCGUCGCCACGGCGAGUGGUCAGUCAAGUGCUCCUCUUACGAGUGGCACUACGUGUACCUGCAUCCACGGCCGGAAGGCGCAACAAGUUUGAUGGCUGCCAGCUUGAACCCGGGGCCACCGGGUAUCUGUUGCCACCGCUUGGAGGCGCUGGUCUUGUGUGAGCUCGCAGACCUCUCGUUGUAUGGGCAAUAUCUGCAUCCACAAUUCCGAGAUGAUACGUCUGCGUUCAAGUGGGAGGACCUUGACCAAGCGGUACGUGAUAGGAAGCCGCCACCUGAAGUUCAAUGCGAAGAUUGCCGUACGGUCCACAGGGAGUUGUUUCCUUUCCUUCGUGCGACGUCGGGGCCUCUCGUAGGCAAGGAACUGGAGAGAGUCAUCAUUCCUAUCAUCAACCGGUGGGCGAACUUCUUGUUAAUUCACGCUAAGAGGGACGAGUUGGAGUAAAUGCGACCAACAUCUAAGUAUGGCAUAUACCGGAAGAAUCGUUUACGUAGACUUGCUGCAUUUUGAUACUUGUGUGUAAUCCUGGAGGACAUCGAACACUGUAUCAUGGAUCCGAAUUGUCUCACACCUCUUCCUCUAUCUACGGAACGUUAAUUUAAGAUGUAACAAGUGUAUGUACGACGCAGAUGGACGUUUCAGUCCAUACACGUAUCUUUAGGGGCUUGCAGCGAUGGACACACCGCCCAUUUCAUACCGCAGCCCAUGCUGUUUUC